UUCAAUUCGCUGCAGUGACCGGCGUGACAUUGGUCGGAACAGCCACAGAAAGGGACACGCCCUUUGAGCAUGAUAGGGCUGCUACAGACAAGGCACGCCCCUCCUGCGGUGACAGAUAGGACGCGCUCCAGCGUUUGCAGAAUGAAUGCAGCAGAUUACACGGUGACGCCUCUGACAGUUAUAGCCACGCCUCUGCACGGACAUCUUUCUCCCCAUGGUCACGCCCCCUAAGGAAACCUGCUCAGUGCCCGCUGACCAGCAGUCUCGCUCAGCCAAUUAGCGCGUCGCUGCUGGCGGACCGGGCGUGCCCAGGUUGCCGUGGCAGCCGGAGUUACACAUAGGGGGAGCCUCAGCAAUGAUGGAGGAGCUGGAAGAGAAUUUGCCUUUGGACGACCUCCGGCCCUGUAAAAUUUGCGGCAGAACAUUCAUUCUUGCUACUUUGAAAAAACAUAUUCCAAUUUGCCAAAAAGCUGCUGUUAAGAAAAGGAAAACUUUUGACUCCAGCAGGCAGCGAGCGGAGGGAACAGAGAUUUCUUUGGUCAAACCCAUAAAGCCAAAGCCAGAACCUCCAAAGAAGCAAUCCAACUGGAGAAGGAAACAUGAGGAUUUCAUUAACACAAUAAGAGCUGCUAAGGGACUCGGUCAGAUAUUAAAGGAAGGGGGUGAACUCCCUCCUCCGCCCCCACCUACAUAUGAUCCUGAUUAUGUCCAGUGUCCGUACUGUCAGAGGAGGUUUAAUGAGAACGCUGCUGACAGGCACAUCAGCUUUUGCAAAGAGCAAGCUGCUCGCAUAACCAAUAAGGGCAAAUUAGGAGGAGAUGCAAAAGUAAAAGCAAUUCCUCGGCCUCAGCAGAAGCCUCUCACACUUAAGAAGACUAAUUCUCCUGCAUCCGUGUCCUCGGCAAAUACACGCUUGCCACAACCACCUAAUUUUGGUAAAUCACCUACAGGGAUACCAUCAGGGAAACUCGGAGUGGGCGGUGGAGGUGGUGGAACAUUUUCUCCUGCACAUAAAAAUUCUACUACACCAGUCCAACAGACAGGAGGUUCAAUGAAGUCAAGAACACCUCCAAGCAUGGCCAAAACUACCACAUCUGUUGUUUCCGCUAACAAAAGGAAAACCUACAAUGCUGAAAACUACUCGAGGCCUGAUGGCAAAGUGGGACAGGAUACCAAGGACCACAUAGACGCUGUGAAUGGAAGCCGCAUGAAAGCUGCAGACAACGCAUCGGGACAGCUGACAAAGUUCUGCCAUGAAUGCGGCACCAAGUACCCGGUUCAGGUGGCAAAGUUCUGCUGCGAGUGUGGCGUUAGAAGAAUGGUUUUCUGAGCAAGCUGUCUUUCAUCCUGCAGGAAGCCAAAUACAUCAUCGUACACGUUUGCACAAUAUCAUCUGAUGAGGGGUCUAGCUUCCGUUAGAUGCAUAUGUGGUAUCUAAAUAUCUGGAACUGUACAAUGCCAAUGGGAAAGAAGUCUAAGGGGUAGACACUGCCUGUGUGGUCAUUCUUUUAGCUUAAGAACGAAAUAAGAACACUGCUUUCCAUCCUAGAAUAUAAUUAUUAAAGCUGAUUAUUCAAGUUA